AUGCCCUCCCCCCAUCUCAAAUACAUGCGCGCCUGCCUCGCACUAGCCGAGAAAUCGCCCGCGCGACCCACCAACUUCCGGGUGGGCGCGCUCCUCCUCUCGCGCCACGAAGACGACACCACCCUCGAAAAAGACGACCAGCUCCUCGCCACAGGCUACACGAUGGAGCUCGACGGCAACACGCACGCCGAGCAAUGCUGUCUCGCCAACUACGCGGCCACCAAGAACGUCCCCGCCGACCGCGUGGCCGAGGUGCUGCCGGACGAGCCCGACCGGAAACUGGUCAUGUAUGUCACGAUGGAGCCGUGCGGGCGCCGGCUGUCGGGGAAUGCGCCGUGCGUGCAGCGGAUUAUCCAGACGUGUGGCGCGGGAGCUGGAGCUGGAGCUGGGGCUGGGGGAGGCAGGCGAGGCAUCCAGAAGGUGUACUUUGGGGUGAAGGAGCCGGGGACGUUUGUGGGGCAUUCUGAGGGGUGUAAGCAGCUGACGGCGGCGGGGAUUGAGUGGGAGCUGGUGCAGGGGCUGGAGAGGGAGAUUUUGACGGUGGCGACGGCGGGGCAUGAGAAUCGGGAGGAAGAGGUGCGGGCGGCGAUGGAGACGGUCGAGACGAAUAUUGAUGAUAUCAGUGCGGAGGAGCGGAGGAGGCAGGCGCAGGUGCCCAGGAACCCGAAGAAGAGGGUUAUGGAGGCGGAUUUGAUGGGAUCGCAACGAUGA